CAGUGGUCGUCCCUCUCAAAGUCCCUGUUCGCUUCACGUUCCAAUCACGUCUAAACCUCCAAAUUUCACUUGUUUGCAUUCGAAUUCUCCAUCUUGGUCCAUGGAUUUCUGCAGCAAAUCUGCCCGUGAGUCCGAUUCUCCCUUCAAUUGCGUCAUCUUCGAUUUGGAUGACACGUUGUAUUCAUCAAAGCUCGGGAUAGGCGAAGCUCUUAAGAAGAACAUUGAUGAUUUCUUAGUCGAGAAAUGCGGAUUCGCAGAGAACAAAGCUUCAAGCCUCCGAGUUGAGCUAUUCAAAACUUACGGCAGCACUCUUGCUGGUUUACGAGCGUUAGGGUACGACAUCGACGCCGAUGAUUACCACAGUUUCGUGCACGGGAGAUUACCGUACGAGCUGAUCCAACCAGAUUCUCAGCUACGCAAUCUGUUGCGUACAAUCACACAACGAAAACUCAUUUUCACAAAUUCGGACCGAAAUCACGCGAUUAGGGCUCUAGAGAGGCUAGGGUUAGGAGACUGCUUCGAUCAGAUCAUAUGUUUCGAGACGAUGAACACAAACCUCUCCAAAUCCACUCGUCCGGACGAAUUCCCUGUCCUUCUCAAGCCUUCCAUGGACGCUAUGAGAAUCGCUAUCCGUGUCGCAGCUGUUGAUCCUCAUCGUACGUUGUUCUUAGACGACAACGUCUGCAACGUGGCGGCAGGAAAGGCUUUGGGGCUACGCACCGUUUUGGUCGGUAAGACGGUGAAAAGUAAAGAAGCUGAUUAUGUAUUGGAGUAUGUGAACAAGCUUCCCCAAGUGAUACCAGAAAUAUGGUUAAGCGAUACCAGCGGCGGCGGUGAUAAAGGGAUCAGCAGCACCAGAAGCGAAAUUGAUUCCAUUCUGGCAACCACAGCCGUCGGUGCCUGAGUUAGGCUGUGCCUGGCAUCAAUUUGUGUGCAUAAUGUUAACUGUUAAGUGUGGAUGUGUGUCAAUGUGUUGUACAUAAAAGGGGUUUCAAUGAAAAUGUAAUAAAACUGGAAUCCCUAAAUGUUACUAAUGUUCUUAAUAACGUAUUAAAAUUGUGAAGCAAUUGGAGAAGGUUCUAAUCAAAAUAAUGUUGACAUACUAACUCAAAGCUUGUGAAUGUUGAUGGAAGCCAAUCCAUGUAUUGUCCGGGUUAAGAGCAUCUGCAGUAAAAGUCAUUGUAUUUUUUCAA